UGGAGCCAGUCGUUCCACUGUUUUCCAACAGCGAAUAAAGUUUUAUUAAAAUUCGUAAUCAUUGCGCUAGUUAACCGACUAAACAAUACUGGUGCACGCAAACAGUAGGAUCAUGAACACGGAAGUGGAAAAUAAGAACGGCAGUGCCAAUGGGGUGUCGAAUGAAUCACCGAACAGAUCGCUGGAAAAGCGACACAAUGGGAGGCUGUACAACGCAGUGAAGGAUAAUGCAAGUUACGGUAGUUACGAGAUGGUGCAGGAAAUCGCCACUUAUCUGCUGGGCCGCACGACCAUCCGUCCCCAGUGUGGAAUCAUUUGUGGUACUGGAUUGAGCUAUUUGGCCGACCAGCUGACUGAGGUGGACAGAUUUGACUACGAGACCAUUCCACACUUCCCAGUGUCGACAGUUGCCGGUCAUGUUGGGCGGCUUGUGUUCGGCUAUUUGGCCGGUGUUCCGGUGCUUUGCAUGCAAGGCCGUUUCCACUACUACGAGGGUUAUUCUUUAGCGAAGUGUUCGAUGCCGGUGCGUGUGAUGCGGCUCGUCGGCUGCACGCAUCUGAUUGCAACAAAUGCGGCCGGAGGGAUCAACUCAAGCUUUCGCAUUGGUGAUGUUAUGCUAAUCCGUGACCACAUUAAUCUGAUGGGUUUUGCCGGUAACUCUCCGCUGCUUGGGCCAAACGAUGAGCGGUUUGGGCCGCGUUUUCUCGGUAUGGCGAAGGCGUACGACCCACAGUUGCUGCAGGUGGCCCGGGAUCUAGUUCGGUUGGAUUUGCACGGAUUGCAGGGAAUUCUACGCGAAGGCGUGUAUUGCUGCGUCGGGGGACCAAACUUUGAAACCGUCGCUGAGGGACAACUGCUGAAGCUGUUCGGCGUAGAUGCGAUCGGUAUGUCAACGGUGCACGAAAUUAUAACAGCGCGCCACUGCGGCAUGACGUGCUUCGCCUUCAGCCUGAUUACCAACAUGUGCACGAUGAGCUACGACGAAGACGAGGAACACUGUCACGAGACCAUCGUCGGAGUUGGUCGGCAACUAGAAAGCCGCGUCGGAGAACUGGUUCAACGCGUAGUGUCCUUCAUUGGCACGGAAACAAACGAUCGGGAAAAGAGAGCGAAAUAAAGGCCUAGAAAAUAUGGUGGACGCUAUCAAUAGAUCCUUUUAACUACAUUCGUUUUGCUGUAUAUUUCUUUUGCUUAUUUCUUUAAUGUUUAAUAAGUUUUAUCAUAUUUUGAAUACUUAGUCCUUAAUCAACUUAAUCACCGGGCUCUUUUAAAGUGAAUUAUUCGUUUUAUCAUGUUCCAUACAUUUGUUUACGUUGACGUUUAAAGACUUUUGUUCUGCUUUCCUCUUAGCUACAUUAAUGGAGUGAUUCCAUUCUUCCGUCACGUUGCCUGCAGUGAUGCAGUUCCUUUGAUGUUUUUGAAUUCAUGUUUGUUUAAUUCUUUUCC